AUGAAUAAUAGUAAUAAUAAUGUUAAUAAGAGUUUAAUAAUUAAUAAUGUAUUUAAAAAUAAAUAUUUAUUAAGGUGUAUAUUUAGUCUUAUAUCAUUGAUUAAUGAUAUAGAGUAUAAAUAUAAUAGUAGUAGUACACAUUUAAUCAAAUACGAUGAAUGGAAUUGUGUAUAUGAUCUAGUCACACAUGGUCAUAUAGGAGUGUUGGUAGACAAGAUCAAAUUGGGUAAAAAGGAUGAUCUCAUAUUCAAAGAGUACAAAUCAAUCGUUGAACAUGGUCAAAGUGAUCAAUACAGUAUAGACAAGGUUACAAAGAUCAUUUGUAGAAAGGUUAUAGAUAGUCAAUCAUUCAACACAAUCUAUACUACAUUUCAAAAUUACUUUACAUCACCUAAACUAAUCAAAACUGCAUGUCAAGCUGGUAACCUAGACAUCUGUAAAAUAUUACUCAAUCAAACACACCCAAUCAAAUUAUCAACCAAUGGAGCUUAUUUGGGUGCUAUUAAAGGUGGUCAUUUAAAUAUCUUGGAGUUCUUGUAUCAUAUGAAUUAUUCAAUUUAUGAUGAUACCAAUAAUAAUAAUAAUAGUGAUAAGAAUAAUAAUAAUAAUAAUUAUUCACUACAAAUACUUCAACAUUCAAUGACACAUUUGGGUAAUAGAACUAUUAGAGAUUGGGUAGUUCAACAUGACAAUAGUAUCAAGUCACUAUUCUUGAAUCAAGGAGUUUCAACAACAACAACAAAUAUUUCAAAUGAAUUAGAGUCUGGAUUAUUUUGUAUUGGUGAUUGUGAUGCAAUCAGAAAUCUAAAACUAACUUGGAUCAAUCCUCAAGUUGUAGCAGAGACUAUUCGUCAUGGUGGUAGUCAACGAUUAAAAUUGGUUGAUUGUUUAUUGGAAAUUCAAAGAUCAAGAUUUGAUUUACAUAAUUUAGAAAAUCAACAACAAAAUCAACCAAAUACUUUUAAUAACAAUCAAAAUAAUAUAAAGAAUAAUAAUAAUAGUUAUGAUUAUUUAAAAUUAAAAUUAAUUUAUCAAAAUUAUUUAAAUCAACAUAAUAAUAAUAAUAAUCAAAAUAAUAAUAAUUUAGAAAUAAUUGAUAUGUUAAUAUCAAAUCAUUUAAUAAUAACAAAAAAGAUGGCACAAGAUACAAUUAUAGUUGGAUUUAAAUUAAUUUAUGAAUUAUUGUAUCCUUUGGAAUCAUUAAAUUAUAGUAAUAAUAAUAAUAAUAAUAAUACUGUCAACUAUAAGAUUAAACCAUCAUCCCCUUCAAGUUUUUCAACAUCAAAUGAUAUUAUUGAUCAUUUUAUAGAACAUAUAUUUGGUGAGGAAGGAGUUGAUUAUACACUUUUAAAAUGUUUGGCUAGGUAUUUGACAUUUGAACAAUUCCGACGAUUAAUCUUUGGAAUUGACCCAGAGUAUUUCCAAACCAAACAAUUUAAAAAGUCGGUUCUGUUUGACACUAUACGUGUUGCUUCUCAAAGAAGUGAUGGUGAUGGUGUCGAUGGAACAAAGAUCGUUGGUUAUUUGGUACAACAAUUCCUACUCGAUAUUGUUGGCACUAGGAGCAACCAAACCAUCUUUUUGUAUGAUGGUGAUAUUGGCUCAUCACUCACUGCAACUCUUUACGUUUUAUUAGAUAAUAUUUCAAAAUUGGUUAGUUCAAAUACUGGUCAUUUAUAUAUCAACUACAACUAUAAUAAUAAUAAUAAUCAAAAUAAUAAUAAUAAUAUUGAAACAUAUUUUGAAAUACCAACAAAAAUAUUAGAAAGAAUUAUUAAUAAUCCAAAUUUAACACUGGAAUAUUUGGAAAAGUUUACAAUGGAUUAUUUUAAACAUCAAAUACAAGGAAGAAAUGAAAGAAGUGGUGGUAGUGAAGGAAGGUUGAUUAGAACUCCCGUUUCAAGAUUACAUAUUUUGUUUGAGGGUUAUAUUCCAAGUCACUUGGUAACGCGUAAUCUAUUGGAAAUUAUAGAUUUGUGUGGAGAAAUUCCUGAUCGAGCCAACCCUCCCAUCCUCCUAACUCAUUUGGCCGCCUAUGCAGUCGAGAAUCAUAAUCAAGAUAUAAUCGAUUAUUUCUUGCAAAACAGUGGUGGAACUUUUCACAUGUGUUCAACGAUUUCAAAUAGUUGGAAAAGACUCAAUUACCUGUGUAGCCAAUUUCAAUUUAAUGCAGUGGUAUGCGACCACGAGGACAUUGAAAUGAUUGGUCGAAAAGGUUCAAUUGAAAUAUUUCAAUUAAUGUUACCCUACAGAAUGGAUUCUUGGUGGAACAUUGACCGUGAAUUGAUUUUAAAGUCUGCAGAGUUUUACAAAAGACAUAAAUUAAUCGAUUUUAUUUCUAAAUCUGAAAAUGAUGUCUAUAAUCACCAACAACUAGAAUACGAACACCAACAACAACAACAACAACAUAUUCAGGAAGAAGAAGAAGAAGAAGAAGAAGAAGAAAAUCAAGACCAACCUAAAAAAAGAAAAUGGUAUGAAAUUACAAAAGAUAAAACAAUGUAA